GAUUUGUAUAUAGUACCUACGUCUGUACAAUAGAUCGUUUAUACAUGAUAGUUAAUUAUACGAUUGAAAAUGUCCUUGAUUAAGUGACAGUGCUUUUUUCUCAAACUGUAUCGCUUUUCUAUUCGACGAUUUUUCAAUAACGAAACACUCCACUGAAAAUAAUGCUAGGAUGUCACACUACAGUAGAAAAACAGACACUCAGAAAUCUGCGGUGAUUGAUUAUGAACGUCAGUUCCAAGAGGAUUUAGAACGUGCCCAAGCAUUAAGUUUGGAGAGUCUAGCACUAGAGAAAUUUAAAUUACAAAAGCAGCAAUCAGAUUUUAAUAAUAUCCAGCAUCAAUGUAUUCCACAAAAUGAUGGGAACAGCACUGUACAUAGUAGUUCAUCUGAAAAAGAUAACAUACCACAAACUGAGAAAUUUCAGUGUAGAAGUAGACCAAGGCCUGGUUCCUUUAAUACCAAUCAAUCUAAAAAUGCUGUGAUAUUAGCACCACCACCAGUUCCAUCUAGAAGAAAUUCAACAACAGCCACCACAAGUCAAGACACUGUUGAUUUGAUUAAUUUCACAAGUCCAGUGAAACAAGAUAAUUUAAGUGAUUAUUAUUCACCUCCACCUCCACCUCCGAAAACAAUUGUAGAGCCAAACUGGGAGACUCAUCCCUCAUUAUUGAAAAAACAGGGGAGGGUAUCACGAAGCACUAGUUCUGCAGGUUAUCAUCCUCGAGAUUUUCGAUAUCAAUCACUUUCUCCAGGACCUAGAUCUUCCACUGCACCUUGUACACCAGGAACUCCAAAAAUUAGUCCUGUCAUGUCAAGAUCUAGUAGUAUUAGCAGUAAUGUACCUGAUAUAACACCACAAAUACCUCCACUACCUAUGAAUUAUAGACCAAGUGUUACUCCUUCUAUAUGUGGUAUUCAAAAACCUACAUUCUGUACCGACGAUGAACAGCUAAAUGUAUUAAAAGUGAUAGAGAAAAAGCCAAAUAAUAAUCUUAUAGAUUUGAGUUCUUUUGAUCAAGUAGAAGAUAAAACAAAUGUUCGAGUUAGUGUACUAGAAGCAUUUGAUCCAUUACUUGUUAAAAUUGAAGAUCAGAACGACAGCAGACAAGGACAUAAAGAGGAAAUGCAAUCGCAAGUGAGUGGAUCGGUGUAUGAUCCAUUCGAUCCUUUCGAUUACAUGUAUAGCACAAACGAAAGUGUUAAUUCAGAUCCAGUAUAUGUUGCUGUGGAAAAGUCUGCUAAAUCUCCAGCGGUAUCACCAGCUGCACCACCGCCUCUACCUCCUAGAAAUUCAUCAGCUUGGAAUACUAUUGAAAGAAGAAGAACAUCUUUAGAUAGAAGAAAACGACAAACGCGCUUGUAUGAAAAUGUAACUGUAAGAAAAACCAGACCAUCACUUCGUGAUUGCGAUCUUAGAGCUUUCUAUGAAAUGAUAAAAUCUGUUCGAGGUGAAUUUCCGUUUAAUAAUCCCAGUACAAACAUCGGACAUAUAAUUAGUCCGAUGAUGGAAAACUUAUAUCCCGAAAGCACAAGUAUAAAAUUAGUUGUACACCCACAAUUAAUGGAUUCUGACGAAAAUACUCCGUCCAUUUCGUUUACAUGCGAUGUAAAUUGUAGCGUUGAGCAUGUUAUUCUUAAUAUCGCUUGUUCCUUAGAAGAUGAAGAUAUAGUAAAUAUAGAGAAAUAUUGUUUGAGAGUAUGGGGUUUAGCAGAAUAUUUUGCACCUAAUACGACUUUAGCUCAAUAUGAAUAUAUACAUCAAUGUAUCAAAUUAGAAAGAGAUAUCGAAUUAGCUAUUCUAACUAAAACACAAAUAAAACGAUCUAUAGCACGAACACUUCAAGAUGAUAAUCGUGAUCAAUGUCUCAAGUUAGAAGAUAUUCUUCCAAACGAACCAGUACAACCUAUUUCGUAUGAUACACUCCUUAUCUUGUUAGAAACUGUAGAAAAAGAAAUGGAACGUGUGGAAACUGCUGCUAUACAAUUGGCAACUACUAAUCAUGGUUCCAGUCUUUUACCACAAUUACAACCCCGUGGUGUUGUCCAAGCAGUAAAAGCAGUAUGCGCAUUAAUGGGAAGCAUAGAGACAUUUGAAAUUACUGAAGCUGUCGAUAAUUUUGUGAAUGCAUGUUGUCAGUUUUUACCUCAAGUUCAUACAGCAAAUAUAGAGUGCAAGAAACCAGAGAUUCUACAUGAAGAUGGUGACUAUUCCGUAGUAACUUUAAGAACAAAAUUUCCAGAUGUUAUUGCAUCUCAUUGUCGAAAAAUUCGCGAUGCAAUUCAAGAUCUUGUAGAAACUUACUGUCAUGCAUUUAAAGUCGAUUUUGAAUUAAACAGCAGAGGAGAAUUUCCAACAAAUACAUUAAUAUCAUCUGAAGUAUUAGAUACUGUCUUAGUUCGUGUUGGAUCAUUACAUAGAUUACCAGGAUCGUGGAAACACGACGAUUACAUCGUCGCAGCUCAAAUAUUUCAUGGAACAAGACCUGUUGGAAAUCCAGUUUUAUCUGAACCUAUGGCAGUCAGUUCUAAUUUUUAUCCAAGAAUUUUAUUUAAUUCAUGGCUGGAAUUUCGGGGAAUAAGCGUGUGUCAAGUACCAAGAGAAGCUAGAUUAGUGUUGGUUUUAUACGGCCGGACAUUGCAACCGACUGAACACGAGUCUAAUUCGUCAGCAGAAAAUACCAUGCAAAAAGAAGAGCUGGGAUGGGGAGCUAUACAAUUCUUUGAUUGCGAAGGAGUAAUGAAUCAAGGAAGCUUCUUUUUGUCACUUUGGCCAGCGAUCGCUGAUAAAAGAUUAGGUCCUGCUCCCGCCCCUGGAAUUCAUCCUCAUGGAGAUACGCAUGCUAUCAUUGGUGUAGAAUUACCUGAUUAUGGAGGCAGAGUACUGUUUCCUACAGAAUUACGCGAUUAUGAUGUAGAAUCUCUUGAUUUUAAUUCACUCGACCAAAAUACACAAGAAUUGUUAAUAGAUAUUACACAACAAACUACAUUUUCAAGACCGCUUAUUGAAGAAAGAGAAAUUCUAUGGGAAAAGCGGCAUUAUUUACAUGAUAAACCUGAAGCUUUACCUAAAGUACUUUUAGCUGCACAUAGUUGGGAUUGGGCAUGUUUACCUGAUCUUCAUGCAUCUCUUAGAAUCUGGAGUCCUUUGCCUCCUGUUCAAGCUCUGCAAUUACUGUUACCUUGUUUUCCAGAUAUGAAAGUUAGAGAAAUGGCCGUUGGAUGGAUUCGGGAAUUGAGCAAUGAUGAACUUGUAGAUUAUUUACCACAAUUAUUACAGGCGUUGAAGCAUGAAACAUAUGAAACGUCUCCUCUUACAAAGUUUCUAUUAGAACGAGCUUUACUUUCUCCGCGGGUAGCUCAUCAUAUCUAUUGGUUAUUAACACAAGCGUUACCAGGACAAAGUCCUCAAAAUUCUGCUGAAACUACACCAGAAGACGAUAAAAAUAUUAGUUUAGCACGUUAUCACAGAAGAUUACAAUUGAUGUUGAGGGCAUUAUUGGCUGUCAUUGGAGAUGCAUUAAGAAAUAGUUUUCUUACUCAACAGUUACUUGUUAAAAAUUUACAUGAAGUAGCAGAAAAUAUUAAGCAGACAAAAGAAUCAUUACGACUGGAUGCGCUCAAAGUUGGUUUGCAAAAUAUACAUUGUCAGUUAAUGGAAGAUGAUGGUACCUGUUUACCAUUAUCUCCUAGUAAACAAGUAUUUGGUAUAAAUGUACAAAGUUGCUCAUAUUUUCCGUCAUUUACUCUUCCAUUGAAAAUCAACUUUAUUAGCUGUGAUGAUGUAAUUUGUCCAGCAAUUUUUAAAGUUGGAGAUGAUUUGCAACAAGAUAUGUUAACUCUCCAAAUGGUGCGUAUAAUGGAUAAACUCUGGUUAAAGGAAGGUCUUGAUCUUAAAAUGGUAACAUUUGCCUGCGUGCCUACCGGCUAUAAACGUGGAAUGAUAGAAAUGGUUACAAAUGCAGAGACACUAAGAAAAAUACAAGUUGAGUUUGGCCUAACUGGAUCGUUUAAAGAUCGCCCUAUUGCCGAAUGGUUGGCAAAGCAUAAUCCUUCAGAGUUAGAAUAUGAACGAGCAGUAGAAAAUUUUACUGCAUCUUGCGCGGGUUAUAGCGUUGCUACGUAUAUUUUAGGAAUUUGUGAUAGACACAAUGACAAUAUUAUGUUAAAAACGUCGGGUCAUCUGUUUCAUAUUGAUUUUGGAAAAUUCUUAGGUGAUGCGCAAAUGUUUGGAAAUUUUAAAAGAGAUAGGACACCAUUUGUAUUAACAUCUGAUAUGGCUUAUGUUAUAAAUGGUGGAGACAAACCAUCAGCCAAAUUUCAUCAUUUCGUGGACUUAUGUUGUCAAGCAUUUAAUGUAGUACGAAAACAUGGAAAUCUAAUUCUCCAUCUAUUUGGAUUGAUGACUUCGUCUGGAAUUCCUGGUGUGACUGUGGAUGCAAUUAGUUACGUACAGAAAGCUCUUCUUCCAGAACAAACAAAUCCUGAAGCAGCUGCAACAUUUGCUCGAAUGAUAGAAAGUUCACUUAAAAGUUGGUUUACACAGUUUAACUUUUUUCUGCAUAAUUUAGCACAACUCAGAUUUUCGGGCGAUCAUAAUGAUGGAGCGUUAUUGUCUUUCAUACCACGUACAUAUACAAUGCAACAGGAAGGUCAAUUGACGAGUGUACAAGUACAUGGCUAUCAAAAACGAUAUGAUCCUGAAAAAUAUUAUAUGUAUAUUUUGCGUAUACAACGAAAAGGCCAUGCGGAUCCUACUUAUUUAUUCCGAUCAUAUAAGGAAUUUUGUGAAUUUUAUCAAAAACUGUGUAUUCAUUUUCCUCUUGCAAAACUUGCUAGUUUACCAAGUGGUAUAAGUGUCGGAAGAUCUAACAUAAAGCAAGUUGCUGAUAAACGACGAGCGGAUAUUGAGAAAUUUCUUGUAAGCUUAUUUAAAAUGGCACCAGAAAUUUCUCAAAGCGACUUGGUAUAUACUUUCUUUCAUCCUUUGUUAAGAGAUCAACAGAAUGCUGACAUUCAUUUACGUAAAGUAAAAGUUGGUAAUUGGUGGGCUGAGAAACCUGUAAGAGAUAAUGUGCAAAGCGGACAAAUUAAAAUGUCUCUUCACUAUACACGUGGAGCAUUUUACGUGAUGGUGUAUCAUGCUAGAGGUUUACCAAAAGUAGCGAAUUGUCAAGAACCAAAUACGUAUGUUAAAGUAUAUCUUAAACCGGAUCCUACAAAGAAGACAAAACGAAAAACAAAAGUUGUGAAGAAAAAUUGUCAUCCUUCAUUCAUGGAAAUGUUGGAAUAUAGAAUGUCUCUAGAGGUGAUUAAAGAGAGAACUCUAGAAGCUACAAUAUGGAAUCAUGAUACACUACAAGAAAAUGAAUUUCUUGGUGGAAUACGCUUACCACUUGGACGUCUCGAUUUAACAACCGAAAUAAUUGAGUGGUUCUCACUUGGAAGUAUUCGAUGAAUGAAUCGUCAUAAACGAGAUUUAUUGAGAGCUCAAAAAUAUAAUACUAUCGCACAAUACUAAUUAUAGUAUUUCUAUAUUCUGAGCAAUAAGAGAAAUAGAGUUUACGAAUGACAAUGAUACAUGCUUUUAUGUUUAGGAGAAACGCUUUCUAAAAAGUUAGCUAAUAUCGUACAAUUUAUUAUAUAAAAUUAUAUUCAACUAAUGUAACAAUACACAAACAGAAAAGGCAUAUUUCAUAAAAUUAUUCUGUCUUUGUAUUAAUUGCCAAAAUAUGAUGAAUAAUAUAUUUCUCGUCUAGAGAAUGUUUAAUUGUGACAAUGAAUUUCAACUGGACUGUGUUUUGCAAAUAUUUGAUAGAAAUUAUAAAAAGAAAUAGAAUGAUUUAAGCUUACGGAAUGAAAUUUGUUAUUAAGAUCUUGUGCAAAAUAUUUGUACUAUUUCUAUUGGGAGGCAUAAUCUCUAAGUACGAUAUAUAUUAAUAAGUGUAAAUUAAAAUUUUAUUGUGCUACUCUAUUGUAGCAGAGUACAAGGUUUCCUAAAUAGCGAGAGAGUAUAGAUCUUUAUAAGUGCGUAUAUAAAUUUUGCUCGAAUAUAAGUUAUUUGCCUACAAUGAAGAGGUAACAUUUUUUACUUUCAUAUAAAAAUUUUAAAUUAUAUGUAUAAAAAUCAAAAUAACAAUAUAAAAUAGCAAAAUCUAUAUAAGGCAAAAUUGCUAUAUGUCAGUGUUUAGUAGAAAUUUUUUAUUUUGUGAAAAAGGAGAAUGAAAUUAUGUAAAUAUGUUUUAAAAUUUGCAAUUGUUUUUCAUAAUCAGCUUAUAUUGUGAAUAUAUUUUAUGUCAAUUUUUUAGAUAAAUAAUAUAAGAGUAUACUAUAACGAAAAUAAAGGUUCAUGUUAAUACAUUAUCGACGGGCGAUUGUUAAGUAGUAAUUUGAUUAUACAAGCAACAUGUUACUAUUUUUUUACUUUUACUUUAUAUAACAAGAUUUAUUUCUUAACAUAUCUUUAUUGUGAAAGGAUCGUUUAACUGUCAUAGUUUAUCAUAAAACUUAUACAUACAGACCAUGAAAUAUGAUUAAUAUAAUUAAUCUAGUCUCCUGUUGUUAGUGUAUUAAUGUAUUGUGUAAUUUUAACCUUAAUUUUUGUUAUAAAUAUGUUUUAGAUAUAAAAUGAAAUAAUUUAAUAGUACAAGUUGCACCGUUUCAUUGCAAUUACAGAAAUUUUAUUAUUAUAGUUGUGAAAAAAAAUUGCACUAAUGAAAUGCUCAAUCUUUUGCUUUUUCAUUAUAGAUAUUUUUGCAUGUGCUUUCUAUAAUCUUUAUAUUGUGACAUAAAAUCAUGUAAAUUUGAAUAAUUUAUUUAUAUUUUGGACUUACUUAUAGUUCUUUAAUCAUGUGACACAAAUAUAAAGAAAAUUACUUCAAAAUUACAUUUAAAUCACCUCCUUUUUUACUACUAUUAUUAAAGAUUCCAUUAUGUUCAUUUGAUCAAAUUAAAUCAACGCGCGCAUUUAUAUCGGACCACUUUCCCCCUCUAAUUUGCGACGCGAACCUGUUGCGGAGUUAGUCUAUUGUCUAAAAUCGUGGUGUUAAGAUCUAUCAAUUUGUGUAGCAUUUAUUAAUUGCGUAUUCAUUCAUCAUUCUUUCGCCGCCCGUGUUCAUUGUCAACUUCGUUUAAUUAAUGUAUGUUUUUAUUUUUGUCUUUGAUAAUUCAUCGAAUAUUAUUGUAAUUUAUAACUAACUUAUCUUUGUUCCCUCAAUCGACUUUUUGAUCAUUACAUCUACUGGUAGCACAUAUUAUGAGCUCCAGAACGACAUUUAAUCUUAAUCAUUGUUUCUUUUUUCGUAUAUUUUGUUUCUUUUAUGCAUUUAUUUGAAAGUUUCGAUUUUCUUUUACAGAAUGUUAGUUAAUUGCGAGGAAAAUUUGGGAGCAUUUGAAGAAUGCCACGACGAUCAAGAAUAAAUCCAAGAACUUUUCACGAAGGUACGAUUGCAUUUGACUUAUUCUAAUAAAGGCAGACAUAUUUGCGUUUGUUUUUUUUUUCUUUUUAUUGAACAAUUGAUAAUAUUUAUUUAAUAUUUAAUCGUAACAAUCACGAACAAGUUUCAAUAUGUUCUGCGCAUGUCAUCGUUUGAAUAUAGCGCAGGUUUGUUUAACUGACAAGAAAGAGCGCAAAAUGGCGGGCAUACGCAGUGUAAUUUUCUAAAAUCAACUUUAUUACAA